UAGGUGAAGUAACUCACGAGCUUCUCUCGCUGAACUGUGGGAGCCAGUUCACACAGCAUGGGUCUUGAACUACAACCUCACUCGGAUAGCUUUGCCUAGGCAGCCUCGCCUGAGCUGUAAAGAGCUGGAGGGGAGAGAGAGAGGGAGAGACAGACAGACAGACAGAGAGACAGAGAGAGACGUGACCAUGUUUGUGUAGGGGAUUAACGUAGCUGUCCAACCUGAUUAAGGAUGAACUUCCUGCUGUUAAUUAAAAGAGCUGCAGUGGGGCUUCUGUGGAACUGCUUUGUGCUGCAUUUGGUUCUGGGCAACCUGACCACAGACAACGUCAUCCAUUCCAGCUUUAUCCAUGGGCGCCUAAAGAGUCAGGAGAGGCGGGAGAUGCAAAGAGAAAUCCUCUCAAUCCUGGGUCUGCCUCAUCGCCCCCGACCCCACUUGCACGGCAAGCACAACUCUGCCCCCAUGUUCAUGCUGGAUCUCUACAAUUCCAUGCUAACGGAGGAUGCGAGGGGUUUCUCAUACCCUUACCGGGCCAUCUUCACCACCCAGGGACCCCCACUGGCCAGCCUGCAAGACAGCUCCUUCCUCAGUGAUGCUGACUUGGUUAUGAGCUUUGUCAAUCUGGUGGAGUACGACAUGGAAGUUUUUCACCAGCGACGACAUCACAGAGAGUUCAAGUUUGAUCUGGCGAAAAUCCCGGAAGGGGAGGCAGUGACUGCAGCAGAGUUCCGAAUCUACAAAGACUACACCAGAGAGCAAUUUGAAAAUGAAACCUUCCUGAUCACCAUCUACCAGGUGCUGGAGGAUCACAUGGAAAGUGAGUCUGCCCUGUUUCCGCUGGAUUCUAGAACUAUUUGGGCUGCAGAGGAAGGGUGGCUGGUAUUCGAUAUAACAGUCACCAGUAAUCACUGGGUGGUGAAUCCAAAAAACAACCUGGGCCUUCAACUCUUCGUGCAAACAACAACCGGACAGAGUGUCAAUCCCAAGGCAGCAGGUCUCAUUGGAAGAUUUGGGCCUCAGAAUAAACAACCUUUUAUGGUGGUCUUCUUCAAAGCCACUGAAAUUCACAUCCGAAGCGCACGAUCAGCAGGAGGCAAGCAGAAGAACCAGAGUCGCUCUAAGUCUUCCAAGAGUCAAGAAUCUCUAAGAGCAACUAGCUUAACAGAAAACAGUAGCAGUGAGCAGCAACAGGCCUGCAUGAAACAUGAGCUCUACGUCAGCUUUCGUGAUCUAGGAUGGCAGGACUGGAUCAUCGCUCCCGAGGGAUAUGCUGCGUACUAUUGUGAAGGAGAAUGCUCAUUCCCACUGAACUCAUACAUGAAUGCCACAAAUCAUGCUAUUGUUCAAACUCUGGUCCAUUUAAUAAACCCGGAGAAUGUUCCGAAGCCAUGCUGCGCUCCCACACAGCUCAACGCCAUUUCCGUGCUGUACUUUGACGACAGCUCAAACGUCAUCCUUAAAAAAUACAGGAACAUGGUCGUUAGAGCAUGUGGCUGUCAUUAGCUCCUGAAAGACAGAGGAACCAGCAUCACUGCCAGUCAUGAGUACCCCCGUGACAAGUCAACUUACUUACUGAACUGGGGUGGCUUUGAGGAAAACCUAACCUUAAAACAAGAAUAUAUUUUCCCACCACUUUCAUUUUUAAGGCUGACUGUAUGUAUAGCUAUUCUUUUUCUAUUAUGAGCAAAUGUGAGGUCAAAGGAUUUCAGAUAGACUUUUCUGUGUUGGAAAAUUCAGAUUUUAAAAACGUGUGUCAGAUUACUUGAUCACUUUUGAAGACAAUAUUCUGCAAUUUAUAGUAGGGAGAAGACAUUUCUCAAUGAUUGAUUUAUUGCUCCAAGAUGGUGAAUCAAAAUAGACAGAUAAAAAAAUGCAUGCUCUGAUAUCACUGGACAUGUUCAGGAGUAAACUCAACCACAAACUCUAAUUCCAUUCAAGGAGAGAUUUUUUUUCAUGCCAGGUUACAGUAGAAUUUCAAUUGCAAUAUAUGUUCGAUCUGUAGAAAACUAUGAGGCAUAAAUUUUAGGGAUUGAGAAAGAUGCAGCUGAACCUCAGUCCGUGCAGUGCUAACCGAUCUUAAGCAGAGGGGUAAUGGGAUAAAAUUGUUGGCUUCUACAGAGGAAGAGGCCAGGGCACUGAAUGGCAGUAUUACACAGCUCAUUUCAAUCACAUGAACCUUUUGAGCGGCAUAUAAGUUUAUCGUUUGAGAAUUUUAGUAUGGCGUCCUAAUGAUCAAGCAGACUAUUGUUUUAACUCAAGUUAUCAAGAAUUGUCAUUUGUCAGUUAUACGGGACGAGAAACAGGAGGAAGGUAAGAUUCGUUAUCGUCCUUGUAGUGCAGGGUGAGGGCAGGCAGUGCAUCUCUGGCUCCAGAUUGUGUUGCCUCAGCCACCUUCUUGACCAUCAGAUACGUCUCCGUCAAUAGCUGAGCAAUGGAAAGAAAAAGGGAAAAAUUAAAAGUAAGCUUUUAUUUAGGUAUUUAUUUGUUUAUGGGAGAUGGACUUCAUUACCAGCAAUCAUUACCCGGCCCUUAUUGCCGUAAACUGAAGUGACAGUGUAGAGUGAACCACAUUAAGGGGUCUGAAGUCACAUACUGGAUGGAAACAGUAGGAAUGAUAGACUAGCUUUGCUGAAAAUUAGUUAAACUGAUGACCGUAAAGCUUUCGGUUAGACCGACUGAUAAAUGUCAUCAUUGGAAAUAAGAGAUUUCAUCAGAUGAAAUCAGAAACAACUAUUUGCAGAUCACUUUUACUCCAAUUUUUAGAAUUGUACAGAUUUCCGGCUCUCCAAAUAAUAAAGGAGCUAUUGGAACUCCAAAGAAGUUACACCGAAAGAAUGGUAACAGAAGUAAACAGACUGUAUCUCUGUUUCUAGGAAAGAGCAGGCUAAGGGAUGAUCAAAAUAGCUCUGACAAUGGUUGACAUGGUUUACAACUGGAGAAAAGAAGUUAAAACUGUGAGUCAUAAAAUUAAGACAGUCAUAAGUACAGGAGGAAAUUGAGGAGAAAUUUAUUUAAAAUUCAAUUUGACAAGAAAUGGUUACAGCAAACUGUAUAGAGAUAUACAGGUUCGAUAGGCACAAGAGAAAAAGAAACUGAUGGUAAUGUUAACUUGGAUCAAUGAAGUGAAGUGGGAGGAGACUUAUGAAGUACAAACAGUGGCAGAGGCCAACCGAGCUAAAGAGACUAUUUUUGUUGCACAAGCUCUGUAAUUUUAAGCAACUGGAAACAUGGCUAUAAAGCUCACAUUUGUGAUUUACUGUAAAAGAAUGGAACAAGACUUCUAGUUACCAAACCCCUCCAAAUGAGCUACAGCACACAGGCUCAGUGUUGCAUAAUUGGUGUCUUUGAGAAAGCGGAUAAAAAUUACACAGAACUACUGUAACUUGACAUUUUUAAACAAUACUCAAAACUAAGUUCCUUUCCAUUA